GCGCGAUUCUGUUCAUGGACGGCGCGUCAGCGUUUUACGCAGCGCUCAGAGAGUUACUCUACGAUGGCGAACACAACAUGAGCGACCAAGAACGAAGUGUUCGUGUCGUGGAAAAGCUGCAUCCAGCUGAAGAGGUCCAUUGGGACAUCCUGGCAAUGUUGAUGGUGCCGUCUGUUCUGCAGGAGGCAGGUGUUCCGCACAUCCUUAGGAGAUUUGUUGCAACGACGCUUGCCAGGACCUGCUACACGAUGAGCCUGGGCGGUUCAAACUAUUCAAGCGUUUGGGCCACCACCACGAGAGUUACUCCGGGAUCGCCAUUAGCCGAUGCCUUCUUCCAGGCCAUUUUCAUUCAUAGCCUUGAUGAGUUUGAAACUCGGAUACGGGGUAUGCCAGGUGAAAAUGCAGUUGAGCAGUCUGAGGCCGCAACUGUUGACCUUCCGCCUGUUGCCACGUUGGUGGAUGAUGAAGCUACAUUGGUGGAAGUUGAUGCGCCAGCGAUGCUUGUUGGACGCGUGAGUGCUAUUGUGACGCAUGCACAAGCGGCACUUGCGCAUGUAGGGGUGAAAGCAAAUUUUGAUGCCGGAAAGACUGAGGUGAUGUUCAUUUUUGUUGGAAAGCACAGCCGACAGCAGAAGUUGAAGUGGCUGGCUGUGCACAGGCCAUGA